AAGAUCUGAAAAUAAAUCAGAAGUCGAAUAUAACGUUUCCGACACAAAGCAAUUUCGAAUCUGACAUUGGACAAUGUCGCGUACAUUAGUUUUUACCUAUAGAAAUUUAUGUAGCCUAUCGCGCGCGCGAAAACAACUUUACACGCGUUACAUGUUCAGUUACACACGUGUUAGACACACACAACACGGAACGUUCACGUUUCACGGAAAUCAAAAUUUAUCCCGUAGUGAUCUGUAAUUAGUGUAUUACGUUUGGAUUGACGACAAAUCUAUCUACCUAUCUAUUUAUGUUUCGAAUUAAUAUUUUGAAAUUUCCUGUAAUAAUGUUUAAUUAUAUGAAGUGGUAUGGUGACAAGCUUGUCCAGAACUCGACACUUCAUCCUGCAGGAGAACGCUCAGAAAGACUUAGCAGACUUAGACGGGAACGACAGGAGACAAUGAAACGUAUAAAAGGAUGCUUUCGGAAACCAUUGAGAUGGUCAUAUAUACACGUACAUUCACGGAAGCAGGAGCCAUUUAAUGUGAUUAAUGAGUAUUAUGAUAAAUACUCGGACAUAAUAAGAGACUGUUUGAAUGAAUUGUCAGCCAAAAUCAAGAAGGAUCAAAGUAUGGCAUCAAGGUCCAACAUUAUAGCUUUUGCAACAUCUUACUAUAAUCUAGGUAUAAUAUACAAGGAAGGAAAGUGUUCAAACUUGUCUCGAAAAUUGUUCCUAAGAUGUUACAAAUUAUUAAAAGAAAAAAGGUUGAACCGCAGAGCCAUUUUGAUAGCUGUUAAGACGUUAAUAGUAUUAAGCGAAAUAGCAAAAGAAGAAAAAGAAACAGAAGAAGAAUGGCGAUGGUUAAAUGCUGGUAUCAAUUUAUGUUUACGAUAUAUUGAACGUGAUAAUUUGCAGGAACCAAUUUGCGUCGAACUUGCUGAUGCUUACGUCAAAAUUGAAAAGCAACAAGAUAUGAAAAUAAUAUUAAUGUCGUUAUAUGCGAGUAUGAUAGAUCGUAUGAAAAUGUUAUAUUAUGAGAAGACGGAAUAUAGAGAUAAAGGUAUGAAUAUCGUUCAUAAGUUUUUAAACAAGCGAGCAAGAGUGAUUCAGUCUCUGAAUGAACGAUGUGAGUGGUCUAGCUCAGUGAUUGUAACGAGUUUACGUCUUUUAACAAAUCAACGCUUUACUGAAGCCAGAGAUUGUCUCGCUGCAGCAAAAUAUAUGAUGGAAUUGGUGGAGAGAGAUCCGUCACUUCACACUAUUAAUAAUAUCGUCACGGAGCUAAAAGCAAGGCUUGCUGAUGCAUGGCAUACAUAUGCAGUCCAGAUUUUGAAGGUGUCUUAUCACCAAGAAACAAGAGGAAGAAAACAAAACAAAAGUCCUGUCCUAAAUCAAGAGGAACCUACAAACUUACUAUUAUUUACAUCAUUGGCAGAAGACUUAGUAGAUAUUAGUAACAGAAUUACCGAUUCAUGUGUAUCAGAUGUAAACGAGGCGCAAAUAGUUUUUCGGUAUGCAGCAAAAUAAUAUGAAGUGGCUAGUACAUAUUUCGCUAGUACAGGCAACGAUACCGCACGUCUCCAUGCAGUAUUUAAAUUUGUUUCAUCAAUUGCAUUCUUUGCAUCUUUAACGACUGAUAUAAACAGACAAAAAUCAAAACAUGAGAAACGAAGGAACUUAUUAUAUAAAAUUGUCGCAGAAUACAGAGAGAAGACGGAAUACGCACCAGAACUUGUAUCCUAUCUUGUAGACAUUUUGAAAUUGUGGAUGAAUGGGUAUGACACUUUUACUUUUAUGAUACAAGGGACUCCUACAUAUUAUAAAUUAUGUUCUAGUUUAGAGGAGGAAUAUCAAUAUAUUUCCGACAUGCUGCAGUAUUACACUCUAUAUUAUGAAAAUACAAUAUAAGCUAUAUAUAUAUAUAAAUAUAAAUUAUAGGUUUUAUUAUAACAAUAUAAAUUAUAGCAAUAUAUUAUAUCAAAUAGGACGUAGAGUUAGAUGAACCCCGCCAGAAGCUUGCAAAGUAUAAAAGUUGACGCCAAUGACUUUAAUGAAUUAGUAGAACUAUUAUAUAUUGAUAUUCACGAAAUUGGACAGCGAAAUUGUUUUCGUUUUGACAGUGCAUUAUUUUCAUCUUAUAGCUGCUUAUCGCAUUCUUUCAUAUAUUUCAUAUAAUAAUGGACGAUGGCAGUAAACACUUAAAAUUUCUAUUUGCGGAAAUGGAAGCGAUGUGCAGAAAUAUGCGAGAAGUACUUUAGAUUAUUAUAAAAUAUAUUUAGAUAUGUGUUUUAUCAGAUCAAAUGAACAAACUAGGACAAUUAAUUUGAGACAUGAUUCAUUUCUCAAUAAUGCGAUUGAAUCAGUGCUUAUUAUAAGUAAAGGACGAUAUCUUACAAAUCGCACAUUCUGUAUCCCAUUACUUUGGCAUAGAAGCAUAUGCAGCAAGAUUUUUUGAUAAUAAAAUAAUAUAUAACAUAAUUAUAACAUAAUUAUAAUAAAAUAAUAUAUAACAUAAUUAUAUAACAUUAUAUAUUAUAUAACAUAUAGAAUGUACAGUAUAAUUGUAUAUAAUAUAUUAUUUAGAAUGAAUGAAAACAUUCAUAAAAUGUUUUGCGGAAAAAAA